AUGGCCUCGGCCGCCACAGAAGAGUCGGAUGACAUCUUCUCCAAGCUCAAGCGAGCCGAUCCCAAGGACCUCGAGAGGCGACAUGAAGCUAUCACGGAACAGCUGAACACCACGUUCCAGAAGCGUCAAGACCGGCUUGCUGAAUUGAUUGACGACAACUCCACUUUACCUACCACAGUCUCUUCGGUGACUGUCCUAGGGGCACCAAAGACCCGACAUGCGUUCCUCGAGCGAGUCGUCAAUCCGCUCUUAAGUGCCAACCGCGACCGGCCCUACACACAGUCAGAAUUGAUUAGAGAGUCUGCGGCCGUUGCUGAGAAACUCAGAGGAUUUGGGAUCUACCACGAUGCAGUCUCGAUUUACUUCGACAAGCCCUCACAGACCGAUGCUGCUAGCACGCCCACCGAUCUUUCGAUAUUCUUCUCUGUAAAAGAGCAAAGCAGGCUGUUUCUUACGACCGGUACAGACCUAGGCAAUGCCGAAGGCUCAGCCUACGCGAAUGCACAGUGGAAGAACAUCCUCGGUGGCGCUGAACGCCUCGAUGUGAAUGCUUCCUUCGGCACCAAGACACGUUCCUCAUAUUCCGCUGCCUUGGAUGUCCCGGUUCUCGCCAAUCCUGAUCUGCGGUUCCAAAUUGGAGGUCUGCAGAGCACUACCCAGAAAUUCUUUGCGUGCCAUGAGGAGGCUCUAAGAGGAGGCUUUAGCAAGCUCCGGUGGCUCUCCAAAGGCGGCAUACACGAGUUCGGCUACAAUGGCUUCCGGAGGACUGUUACUGGUUUGGCCCAAGAUGCAUCUCCUACGGUGCGGGCAGACGCUGGAGAUUCUUUCAAGAGUAGCAUAUCACACACCUGGGUGAACGACAAGCGAGACAAUCCAACAUUACCAUCGACGGGAUACUAUAUGAAGACAAUGUCAGAGCUGGCGGGCUUCGGGCCGCUACAGGGAGAUGUCGCAUUCUUCAAAGGCGAAGCUGAGCAACAGACGGUGGUUCCCAUACCUAUACCUGGUAUUAAGGGAAAUAGCGGGGUCACUUUCACAGCCGGCCUGCGUGCUGGUAUGCUUUAUCCCCUUACCUUGGCCGGUCAAUCGAACCCUUCCCUUUCGAAGAUUAACGACAGAUUCCAGCUCGGAGGACCAACAGAUGUGCGCGGCUUCAGACUGUCUGGGCUUGGACCCCAUGAUGGUUCAGAUGCCGUAGGCGGUGAUGUCUAUGCCGCGGGUGGCGCUAGCCUGUUGGUGCCGCUGCCCAAAGUCGGCCCAGAGAGGCCACUGCGACUGCAAGCAUUCGUCAAUGCAGGGAGGCUUCUGGCUCUGCGCGGAAACAAGGAGGGCCCGUUGAGCAGUGAGGAGGUCAAGAGCAGCAUGUCGAACGCGAUCGCCGAGCUCGGCAACGGCUUGCCCAGCACGACUGCUGGUAUCGGUUUGAUCUAUGCUCACCCCGCGGCCAGAUUCGAGCUCAACUUCUCGCUCCCACUAGUGGUGCGGAAAGGCGAGGAUGCACGCAAAGGAGUUCAGUUUGGCAUCGGCAUCAACUUUUUAUAG